GAGCAUGCUGUUUCCGCUGCUUUGUGUGUUGUGAGGCUGAAAAUACAGGAGUCUCGGUGUUUGUAGUUUCUGGCACACGAUGGAGGAACAACAAGGUUUUUCUCUCUGUGGGAAAGAAGUUGUAAAUGAAGCUAAUCUGAGAGAUGAGUACUACUGGAAGCUGGUUGCAGACUUCAUCGGUCCCGCAGUCAGCUGAAGGACUGGAGCUCGAACAGGGGCCAUGCAAGAACAGACUUCUGAUUCAAAGUCGGACUCAUGAGGGAGGACAAUAACUUCCCCUGGGUCGCCAUCGUAGACUGGCUCAAGAAAAUCUUCCCUGGACAUUACUCUGCUGACUUCCGUCGUCUGAUUGAAAGAGGCAUCGCUACAACGCUGAGUCUGGGAAGCUACGCCAGGUUGAGCUUCCUGGAAUCAGACGUCAACUUUAACUUUGUUGGCCCGAUUUGUGACAGCAUUGGAGUAGAGCGGCAGCACCUUCUGGAGAUGAGGGACUUUUCAGAACGGGCUCAGUCCAUUGAAGUCACGAACGGAUUGAUUCUGGAGUUGUGCAACUUUGUCGCCAGGGAGAAGAUCGCCCCGGUCGUUCUCGUCACUUGGCUCAGAAACUUCAACCCUGAGUUUUGCAAGAACGGCGACAUUCAGAAGGCUUUUAAAGUCCUCAGAACCAAGAUUAAAAGGUUAAAGAUGUGUUAUCGCAAUUAUGAAACAAGAAGUUACAGGAGGAACGCCGCGAUGGAAAACCUGCUGCAGAGUCCGUUUGAGCUGGUCAGGGAAAAACCACCAAAAUACAUCAUAAAGAAACGCGUCAAGAGGGACGAUGGUAAUCAUGAAAAAUGUACAAUCAAGGAGGAACCUGAGAGCUGGGAAGUAACUGAAGCGCCUGAGAUGAACAGAGAAGCCGUGAGAAAGAAACCAAAGAAAGAACAAGUCGCUGCAGAUGAUGGAAACAAUGUGGACGCUUCCAACAGCGGAGAACCUCAGACUCUGCUCGACAUCGCGAUGCUGUCGGUGCAGAAGCUGUCGAUAGUCUACGGCGGGAAAACUGCAGCGUGCAAACAAAUUUCUCUGGAUCUGCUCAGAAAUCAGUACGCUUUGACCUGCAAGGAGCAUCCGGCGCUGGCAGAGUUUGAGAAGAAACUCGACACUCUGAGCGACAGCAUUUGCCUCGCCUCUCCCGUUGUGUUUUUAAACCACAACGCCCACUUCCUCGUCGACGUACACGACGCCAUUGAGCAGCAUCUCAUGAGCUUCGAAAAGGAGAUAAUUCACUCCGCCGGGGAGAAACUGGGCCGAGAUAAGCUUCCAAAGUUCAAGAACUUUGUGAAUUUGCCGGAAAGUGCCACCUCACGCUACAUCCACACAGCCUUCGACAUUCUCAGCCCUCGCACCCCCAACAAGCAGAGCUACAGGAAACACUGGGUGGCUUUCUGCGCCGAGAAGAAUCCGUCCAAACUCGGAGCGAGCCAGUCGAACCAGAUCAACGACUACUUCGAAGCUGCAGCCGCUCUAAUUCAUCACCACAAAGAGAUCGCUCUCUUCCUGUCCGAUCUGCUGUCUCUGAACAAUGACGAAUGUCAGAACAUCAUUCUGGAGAGCGUUGCGGCGGACGCAAAUGAUUCUGUGAUUCAGAGUCUGGUGUGUGCUCUGGCCAUAGUUUACUGUAAAGUCCUCGGCCCGUACUGGCAGCUGCUGAUGAGCGAAAGAGAAUACUCGCAUUUCGGUCAGAACAUCCUCAGCCUCUACCAGAAGUUCCUGGAUUGGUCCAAAGAUCCGUCGACUCUGCUGGAACCAGAAGAGACCACUGAUGUUUUCCUGCAGUUCCCGCUGCAGGAGAAUGUGUUUAACGGAUCUGACAGAGCCUGUUUGAAGAGGCUGAUAAAGGUAAUCGCUACUGUUACUGAGGAACACCUGAGUGAUUUUCUGCCAGGAGGGAAAUUUUCUCAGGUCCCUUCAACAGAUUUGAGCUCCCAGUUGGUGAGCUGCACGUUCUCCGUCUUAAUGGCAGACUAUCCCUUCAGCAGCUCGAAUCCAGACGCCAAAAAACGCCCUGACAAGGCGACAAAACAAAACUUGUCAUCAGAUAGUUCGCAGGACGAUCGAUCUGGUUCAUCCGACGACGACUUUGGUGAAUCCUCCGUUGUGCCAAAUAAAAAGCGCCUCAAAGAAGAGCACAGUCCACCGACAAAGAAAGCUCACAGUAGAAAGCCCCAAGAGGAGCACGAGGACAUCAUGGAUCCAGAGUACAUCGCAGAAAUGGUGAGGAAAAACGGCGGUCCGUGCAAAACGAGGCAGGACGUGGAUAAAAUGAUGCUGCGCUUUGAUGGAAUGUCUCGAGCCGAGAGGCGAGAAGCGGCUCGUUGUGAGAUUGUUUACCAGAAAACGGUCCUGAACAACACAAGCGCACAUCUGGACGGAGCCUUCCUCAACGCCACGCAGAUGGUGUUGAAGCUGAAACUCGCUCUCCCUCGUGUUAAACCCGGAUACUCUCUGGUUUGGGCGCCUAGAAAGACAAAGCUGAAACCUGCGAUCAAAAACGCUGCAGCAGGUCAGAACGAAAACAGAACACUAGAGGCUGAACAGCUUCACAUUCAGGAGCAGGAAAGCCUCAACGUUGACUUCAAAUAGCUGCUUCCACACCAUGUUUAUACGCGCAUUUGAAGUAUUGCAGUUGAAAAAAAUCAAUGGAAAAUUUAGUGACUCCCCAAUAUUGCAAAAGAUGUUUUUUAAUGCACAUUUAAGGUGGUUUUUGACUUCUAGAAAGAGUUAAUAGUAGUUAAUAUUUAACUCUCAGAACUAAUCAGCUUUUUUUUGUUAUCACUCCCUUCAGUAAAAAAUGCUGCAUGUCCAUAAUGUAUUUUUUUUGCAUAUUUUCGAGUAUUAUAUUAGUAAAAGUUUUUGGAAAUGGUCAAAUUCAGAAGAAAAACAUCACAGCUUUCACAAACACUGUUUAUUUGAAAAAUCCAUGGAAAUUUAAGUAAAUGCCCCCCAACAGAAGUGUUUUAAUGCUCAUUUAAGGUGUUUUUUGGAGUCUAGACAGAGUUAAUAAUAACUAAUAUUUAACUCUCAUGACUGAUCAGCUGUUUUCUUGUUAUCAUCACCCUCGUGAGUCAAAAAAGCUGCAUGUCUAUCAUGUGUUUUUUGCAUAUUUUCCAGUAUUUUAUUAGAAAAAGUUUUUGGAAAUAGCCAAAUUUAGGAGAAAAGCUUAACCACUUUCAGAAAAACUGAAUUCAUUUAAAAUAAUCAAUGGAAAUGUCAGUAAACUUCCCAAAUUUUGAAAAAAAAAGAAAGUUUAUUUAAGGUGUUUUUUGACUUCUAGAAGAGUUAAGGUGGUCACAUAGUUGUGCACAUGCUGAAGUAUUGCAUUAGAACAACGACGGAAAUGGCCAAAUUUAGAAAAAAAAAAGUUCUUAUAUUGCAAAAUCUGUGUGUUAGAGCUGUUUUUUUUUUUACUUUAUAAAGUGGGUUAAGCAUCAUGGGAGAUAGAAACACCUUUUUGGAAUAAGCUCUGACUUGGAGAACAUUUAACUCUAAUCAGCUGGUUGUUUUGUUGUCACCCCCACAGUCAAAAAAGCGGCAUUUCCAUCAUGGUUUUUGCAUGUUUUCAGUAUUAUAUUAGAAAAAGUGAGUGGAAAAAGCCAAAUUUAGGAGAAAAAUGUCACCACUUUCACAAAAACUGUGUUUACGCUUAUUUUAGGUGGUUUUUGGCUUCAUAAAAAGGGUUGAUACACUUCACAGUUAACUCCCACUACUGAUCAUCUGUUUCUUUCGUUAUCUUUAUCUCAAUGAGUCAAACAGCUGUGUUCAUCAUGUGUGUUUAUUUGUAUGUUUUGCAGCAUUACAUUGGAAGGAAGUUGAUGGAAAUGACUAAAACAGUGUUGACGCUGGUUUUGAGGUGGUUUUUCCUCUAGAAAAAUCUUAAGAGCUAAUAGGAGAUUGAGACACUUUUUUCUUAAUAAUUUCCGCUGUUUAGAACAUUGAACUCACAACAGAUCAGCUGUUUCUUCAGUUGUUUUCGUCUCCAGAAAAAAAAAACACGGCAAUAAUUAGACCUUUCUUGAUUAUAAAAAACAUUCCUGAAGACUUUUCCCCAUUUGUCUCUUGUAAAGUGACAGUUUUGUUUGUUUCUGUAUUGAAUGUUGUUGUUUCUACUCUGUUUAUUUGAGCUAACGUAGCAUACAGCGCCACCUUCUGACGACGCCUUGUAACCUGUUCAUUCACUGCCAUGCAGUUAAUAGAAACAAACCUAAUUCCUAUUGUCUUUAUUUACAAUUUCUGGCUAAAAGUGCUUCAUAUGCACUUUACAUUAAUUAAAAGCACAACUAAUGACCUCAACUUUUCCUUACAAAUAUAAAACAAUGUUUGAUGUGUGUUGUACAUGCAAUACUUUUGAAUCCGUUAGAUUAUGAUGUUUGUAUGAUACUGUACUGGAACUAUUUCUGUAAAAGAGUAAGUCCUUUUUUGUACCCGCUAUAAUAAUGCAGAAGUCAGCUUGUAGCUGCUGCUGACUGUAAAGGAAUGAAACCAAUCACUGUCACAAUAAAAGAAGUCUCUAUAUAUAA